AAGGGAUGGGGGUGGAGGUAAAAAAAAGAUAGGGGAUGGUGGUAUUUCCGGUAAUAUCUAGGCGGCGAGAAAUGUAUAACGCUGUAUCUCGUGUCCGUCGGCCAGCUACCUCCUCCAAGAGAUCGGUCGAUCUCUGGGUUGGGUGCAGCCACAGGGUAUCACGAAAAAAACGAGACGAAAUCCCUGACUAUUUUCUAGCUGACUAUUCGACCCUGCUGAAGCUGAAGGCGCCCACGUGGACGCGGCACGAUCUCCAGGAGGCGAUCGAGGCUGUGGUCACUCAGAAGAUGCGAUUCACCCAGGCGUCCACGAAAUACGGGAUACCGAAAGGCACAUUGUACGACAACAUCCUCGGAAAGACGAAGAGGAUGAUGGUCCUCGAGGAGGCGGGGUUGAACUCGAGCGAGGAAACGGCCGUGCUCGAGUUCUGCUGCGACAUCAGCGUCAGCCCGUACAAUCGUCGAACGAAAAAAUCAUUGAACGCGAUCCUCAACUUUGUCGAAAAGUUGAGGCGAAAACGUGACCCUAAUUUUGUCUUUAACGGCCUCUCUGGUUUCCGUUGGUGGUGGGCUUUCUGUAAAAAGCACUCGAUAGUCUCGCUUUAUUUCAACGACGAGAACGAGAACGAUCAGUGACCUCUUCUCAUUCUCUUUCUCUCUUUCUCUCUCCCUCUUUGUUUUAUUCUAUAUAACGAUUGUACGCCAACGAUAAUACAAUCGAUACGUUAACGUAUACACGACACGUAGUGUUUAUUUCCCGCUCCCACAUAUCCCCGCCGCAACUUGCCUUUCAAUACUUUGUUCGCAGGUACGCUACGCCCCAACCAGCUACAAAGGAACCUAAGUACACGAUACUCGCACCUUCGCUCGACUUACCUACGUCUGGUUUAUUUACCCUAUUUAUAUUGUCGUAUGGCUUGUAUCGAUUUCGUCGAAUUCGAAUCGUCGUCGCUUUCGAAACGAUUCGAUUCGAUUCAAUUUGAUUCUUUCAAUUCAUUUGCAUAUAUUCGUUCGCGCGAAUCGACGCGCGUCCGUUUACACGCUCGCGUAACACGGCGAAUCAACUUUUCGAUCGAUCGAUUCGAAUCGAUCGCGUGUUAACGAACCGAUGAGUCACGAAUAACGAAAACGUAUAAUGAAAUGGGGGAAAAAAAAAAAAAAAAAAAAGAAAGAAAAAGAA